AUGGAUGGCAUAGUCGGUGAAGUACCAGGAGCAAUUCCCUCCGUAGCCACUGGGUGGAGCAAGUUUUUUUCUCAAGGCUCCCUACAGAGCGCCUUCUCUGUUCUCUAUGGUUCCGCAUCACUAACCUCUGCUCUGCGCCUUCCGGUUUCCUCUUUCUCAGCCGCCAUUGUGGUGACAGGGACUGCCCGCCUCAGGAUGUCGUCCCACAAGACCUUCAGAAUUAAGAGGUUUCUCGCCAAGAAGCAGAAACAGAACAGACCAAUCCCACAGUGGAUCAGAAUGAAAACUGGCAAUAAGAUCAGGUACAACUCCAAGAGAAGACACUGGAGAAGGACCAAGCUUGGCUUGUAAGAAGCUGAGGACAUGGAAGCUUGACAUCCUGCGGGUUACUUGCCAAGACCUGAUCAACACCUUAUACAGUUAUUUUGUAGCAGUAUCUGCUGUUUCCACUGCAAAUAAACCCAAGAUCUGCACUUUG